CACACCAGCUAGCGUUCAUACUUGUUUUUUGGGGUGGGGGAGACAAGAUGGAAAAUGUUCAUCUGGCGGUAGAGGAAGAGGAUAUUUACUCGGGAUACAACGACUACAACCCAACGUUCGACACCGAGGAGCUGGAUAAUGAUGCGGGCUUCCAAGAGGCAGUCAGGACCAGUCAUGGAAGAAGACCCCCGAUGACUGCUAAAUUUCCUGGGACUGCCGCAUCGGGGCGCCCUCUCGUUUCCUCCUUUGGAGCUCGGCUGUCCAUGACCGGUCGACCCAUGACUGGAGCUGUACUGGAUGGAGCGUCUCGGCCCAUGUCAGCGGUCAGAGCGGCGGGUUUCACCUCAUCGCGAGUACGUGGCUCAGCUUUUGACCCUCUGGGACAGUCUAGAGGCCCUGCGCCAGCACUGGAGGAAAAGAAAGAGGAUUUGCCCGAGGAGAAGAUCAAGCUCUUGGAGAAGAAAGUGAACGACUUAAUCACUGAGAGCUGCAUGGCGCAAAGCUUGGGCAACUUGCAACUGGCUCUUGAGAAGGCUAAAGAGGCUGAGAGGAAGGAGAGAGUGCUAGUGAGACAGAGGGAGCAGUGUGGCAAUGGAGAACAAAUCAACAUAGAUCUCACCUACGCUGUUCUGCUCAACCUGGCUAAUCAGUAUGAAAACAAUGAGAUGUACCCAGAGGCCCUGAGCAGCUACCAACUCAUUGUCAAGAACAAGAUGUUCACCAACGCAGGACGUCUGAAGGUGAACAUGGCCAACAUCUGGGUGAAGCAGAAGAACUACCCCAAGGCCAUUAAGUUGUACCGCAUGGCGCUGGACCACAUCUCGGACGACUACAAGGAGAUGAGGAUCAAGAUCAUGCAGAACAUCGGCACGGUCUUCGUGCUGCUGGGCCAGUACUCGGACGCCGUCGCGUCCUUCGAGCACAUCAUGAGCAAGAGCGCCAACGUCAGGACCGGCUACAACCUGGUCCUCUGCUACUAUGCCACCCGGGACGCCGACGGCAUGAAGAACGCCUUCCACAAGCUCCUCGCCGUGCCCCUCGACGUGCAGCACGAAGACAAGUACAUCGCCGGCAACGAUGACAUCAGAUCCAACAUGUUAAUGGAGGCCAUCAAGAAUGACAAGCUGCACAAAAUGGAGAGAGACUUGUAUGUUAACAGAGCAGUACAUUUAAAUAUGACAGCAAUGCUAUUAAUAAAUUGCACAUUGAUUGGCUCCCACAGGAAAGCUCGUGCUGAAAAGUACGUGAUGACGGCUGCCAAGCUCAUCGCCCCGGUCAUCGAGUCUUCUUUUGCCGCCGGAUUUGACUGGUGCGUGGAUAUGGUAAAGAGCUCUCAGUACGUGGAGCUGGCCAAUGACUUGGAGAUAAACAAAGCCAUCACCUACCUCAGACAGAAGGACUUCAACCAGGCAGUGGCCAUCCUGAAGACCUUUGAGAAGAAGGAAAGCAGAGUCAAAAGUGCUGCCUCCACCAACCUCUCCGCCCUCUUCUUCCUGGAGAAGGACUACGAGCAGGCUGAGCGAUAUGCUGACCUGGCCAUGAUUGCUGACCGCUAUAACCCGGGAGCUCUAGUCAACAAAGGCAACACGGAGUUUGUUAAGCAGGACUACGCCAAGGCAGCCGAGUACUUCAAAGAAGCACUGAGGAACGACUCCUCUUGCACUGAAGCCCUCAGGAACCUGGGUCUAACGUACAAGAAGCUGCAUCGUCUGGAGGACGCACUGGACUGCUUCCUGAAGCUCCACACCAUCCUCAGGGACAGCGCCGAGGUUAUGUAUCAGCUGGCCGACACCUACGAACUCAUGGAGGACCCUCAUCAGGCGGUGGAGUGGCUAAUGCAGGUCAUCAGUGUGGUCCCCAACGACCCUAAGGCUCUGGCCAAGCUGGCAGAUCUGCACGACUUAGAAGGGGACAAGUCACAGGCUUUGCAUUACUACUGCGAGUCCUUUAGGCUCUUUCCCUGCAACAUGGAGGUGAUCGAGUGGUUAGCUGCCUACUACGUGCAGAUGCAGCUCUACGAGAAGGCCAUUCACUACUUUGACAGAGCCAUACUUGUGCAACCGACUGAGGUGAGGUGGCAACUCAUGGUGGCCAGCUGUUACAGGAGAAGUGGGAACUACCAGAAAGCUUUGGACACAUACAAAGAAAUCCAUCGCAAGUUCCCUGAAAAUGUGGAAUGUCUACGGUUCCUGGUGAGGCUGAGUCAGGACAUGGGCCUGCAGGAGGUCCAGGACUACGCUAGCAAGCUGAAGAAAGUGGAGAAGAUGAAGGAGCUCAGAGAACAGAGGGUGAAGUCUGCACGAGAGGGCAGUGCCCGAGGUCGAAGAGAGGGCAGCGCAGGAAGUGCUGACAGCGGCCACAGCAGCAGCAACGGCAACAAAGGCGAGCGUCUGGGUGCCCAGGUGAUGUCACUUCCCGCUACCAACGACCCUUACGAGAGCAGCAGCCCCAAAGAACUCGAUGCCUCCUACGUGGAUCCACUAGGGCCCCUGAUGGAGCGACCUAAGACGGGGGCCAAGGUGCGGGUGGACGAUGACGACUUCGCGGACGAAGACCUUGGAGAUGAGCUGCUGCCCGAGUAGCUUCGUGGCACACUU